AUGAAGGAAGAGCAGCCUGUGGGCUCGUCGGAUGAGAAACAAGAUGGAGAAGCGUCGAUGAAGGAGGUGUGGGCUGAAGCGGCCAAAGCUUUUGAGACCAUAUGCGGCGAGUCACUGCAGAAGGGCGAAGUGAAGACCUUCGACGAUGUCCAGAAGAGGAUCGAAAGUAGCGGCAAAGCGACUUUUGAGUCCGAGCCCCAAGACAAAUGGGACACGGCGAAAGGGCUGGGACUGAAAUCGCUAAAGUACCUGAAGAUGCUCGUCGGAGCAGCCUCUCAAGCUUCACAAUUCAUCCCGAUCCCGGCAGAGGCUGUCAGCAUCACUGGCUCCGCGCUCGGCUUUGUGUUCGACAUCCCUCAGGCCAUCAAGGGCUAUAACGACGCCAUCAACGAGGUCUUUGGCGAGGUCGCCCCGGCGCUGUCCCAGUUCCAGAUAUACCGAUCGAUAGACAAUGUCGACCCGCUGCUCGUCAGGCAGAUCCAUACAGUGCUGGUCAGCUUCGUCAAGGUCUGCGCCCAUGUCGUCAAGUACCGCCAGGGCCGUAAGCGCGACCGCUUUCUGCAGCAGGUCAAGUCGGUUUUCGAGAACGACUCGGGUCUGUCGGCUGAGAUGGCGCAGUUCAAAAAGGCCCUUCAGUGGCAGCGCGACGUCGAGGGCACUAUCACCCUAGCGGUCGUGGUGGAGACGCGUCAGGACAUGAUGCUGCUGCUUGAGAGGUUCAGUGACUUGAGCAGAGCCAACGAGGAGACGCAGCAGACGGUACAGGAGAUGCACAAAGGGGUGCAGGCUCUCAAAGACGACUCUGAUCGAACCAAGACGCUGGUCAAGAUCCGCGACGGCCUCGGCGUGCCAUCGACUGUGCGCCUCGACACCAACACCACGCAGACAUGCAUCAACGUCCUAGAUAGGUGUCUCGACGGCACUGGUUCGUGGAUAUGGACCCACGAUGCGUAUACGUCGUGGAUCGGUCCCAAGGAGAAAGGCAACUCACACGUACUCUUCGUCACGGGCUCCCCGUCUUCGGGCAAGACGUCCGUCAGCGCCCUCAUCACGAAGCGUCUCCAGGAGCAGAAGGGGCGCACUUACAGUGCCCACUACUUCUUCCCCGCGAGCAUCAAGAAUGACGACUAUGAGCAGAAUGCCGUGCUGACAGCCUUGAAGUACAUGGCGUUCCAGAUCGCCCGUGUUGAUGCCACGGUGCAAAAGGCACUGGGCAAGGCAUGCGACGCGGGCCCCCUCGCAAUCCGCCGUUCAACGAGCUCUGAGACUUUGGACGCGCUUUGGGGAGAGCUGAAGAUCGGUGUGCCUGGCUCAGGCGCCACAUACUACUUGGUGUUUGACGGGCUUGAGAAUGUGCCCAAGAAGCAGGCUGAGUCGUUGCUCAAGUUUGUCUUUGGACCCCGGCUCUCAGGCGAUCCAUCUAGACGUGUUCGCAUUCUGCUCAGCGGGACGGACGAACAAUAUCCCACCUCGUCCGCAGGAACGAUGCCGCUCAGGAUCCAGAUGGAAGAUUUCAACGGGUUGGAUAUGCGCACAGUCAUCGACGAAGCGCUUAGCAAGCGCAGUAUGCUGCAAAAUGCCAAGACAAACUCAGACCAGCAGAAAGCGAAGGACAAGAUUCUCGAAAAGUUACCCCGGAACGUCAAUGGCAGCUACUCUAUGCUGCAGUUUGGUCUGGACAGGGUGAUACGCUCGCUUAGCUCACGAACGGCAGUGCAGGAGCUAGACCGGAUUCUGGAUCAGUCCAUGAGCAGUCACGAGGCCGCUAUCAACAAUCUUCAACGGUCACUGACUGCGGAAGAGAUCGCUGAGCUCAAUGAGCUCCUCAAAUGGGUGGUGUAUGGCCACGACUAUCUGACCCUGGAUCAGCUCGAGGCUGUCAUGUGGCUUUACUCAGGCAUAGUAUCCCUCACUCCACUAGAGUACAUCAUCACAAACAAGUACUCAGCCGUACUAAAGCUCGAGAACGGCUUCGUCUACUUCCAAGACGGCGCGCUUGAAUAUCUUCAGACCAAGAAGGAGUCUGCGAAUCGUGCAUCAGACCGCGCGACCAUCAGUAUGACCAUUACUAUCAAUAACGUCGAGCGAGAACAGUGUCGUCACUUUCUGUGGGAUCUUGCGCACAUGGCGAUCCGGGACAACUUCAACUUCAACGCCGACUCUUCCAACGUUUUGCAAGGGGGUGGCAUCCACGACACCAUCUCAGUAGACGAGUUUGAUGCGCAUCAUACAAUGGUCACCCGGACGUUCGAAUACCUGAACAAUGAGCCCACGGACCAGACCAAGGAGAUUGGCAAGUAUCUUAUCGCGUGGCUGCCCUACCACCUGGCGCAGCUUCGUCAACUUGAGGACGAGGACAAGGGAAUGCUCAUGCCUCACGAUCAGUUCAAGAUCGGUCAAGACCUCUAUAAACUCUUCCGGGAUGACAGGGUUAUUAAGAAUCAUAGGGCUACCUUUCAGGAGACGUACUGGACGGUAGAUGAGAUGAACGAUAUGCAGAAGUGGUUGAUGGACUCCGCCAUCGUGCGAAAACUGGACAAGAAAUGGCGCUCCAAUGUGCAGCUGGCUGCGAACCCGACAAGAGGAUAUCUGAAAGAGAUUGUGAAGAUGGUCGUGACUGGACUUUUGCGAGACAGGAGCUGGGAUGUGGCCAACGCUGCAUUGUGGCUCAAAGAGUUCAUGGCCGUAGACGAAGGCCCCGUCGCAGAACCUGAAGUGUCCACUGCUGUAGAAAACGAAGAUGCAGCUUCGUCCGCCGAGUCUUUCUCAGGCAACAACGCAUCGAGUGAUUGUAUCGACUGGGAACGCGCAGCGACAUGGUGUCAGGCAGUCCUGGGGCUCGCGGAUUCAGACCUCGACUCCCUCUGGUACGAGCGUCUUGCGGAGAGCUCGUUCACCCAGGGUGUCGACCUACACGUGACCUUAUCCUUCUACGAACGUGCCGUAGCACAAAAGAAUCCUAGCUGGCGAUGCCAUCGCGGCUACGGCUUUGCAUACUACCGCCAAGGUGCUAGCUAUGCGAAGGCCAGUGCGGAGGUAGAGCGGGCCCUCGAGCAGGCGCAAGGGCAGGAGGCCAACCCCAAGCCGGAAGCCAAGGAUAUCGUCGAGUUGCAUUUACUAUUGGGCAAUAUUUACCUGGAUUCAAGAGAAUACACUAGUGCUGCGGAGCACUUCGGUAUUGCCUGCUCAGCCGAAGAUGCAGAGCAGGCUCUAGAAGGGCAAAUCGGACAGUUGAGGGCCAAGAUGUUCGCUCCCGAUUCAAAGGACGCGGCAAAGGCCAUCAAGGCCACACUUGGCGAAGAUGACGGGUUGGAAAGAAUGGCGCGCGUUUUGAAGCACAUCGCCAGAGACCUUGACCACAGUGAAAUAGUUUCCAAGCUAUUCACAAUGGGGAAGAAAGACCCGGAGAUUCUCGAGGGGAUUGCUCAGGCCCUGCGGACGGCGACGGCCAAGCUUGAACCAGUCGAUGAGAAAAACAACAAUGAUGCGCGUUUUGAGGAAGAGGAGACCCGAGGUGUACUUCUCUACGAUCUGGGUGUGGCGGCAUAUACCUACAAGGCAUCGGCAGACGGCACCGAGCCGAUCAGUGAGGCUAUACGCCUAUGGAACGAAUGUCGCGACCAGCUUGCUAACGUCGGCGGUGCCGCCUCGUCCUGGGCUCGCCGGAAUGCCACCACAGCUCUCGCGAAGCACUACUUCGUAAGCAUGUUGGACGAGAACCACUGGGAUCACCUAGAGGCACUGAAGAGGCUGGCAGAAGAAGAUGGCAUGUACAAUGAACCACAGGGCUUCCUAGGCGCACUUUAUGCCUUGCGUGGGGACAAAGAGCAAGCGAGGGCGGCCUUAAUGCAGCAAUUCAGGACGGCGCUCAAUAUUCUCUCGGAUGAUACGCCCGACAACGACUCACUGGGCUACCAAAUUCUGCUCCGGACGAUGCUGCACUACCAGGAUUUCAAGAACGUGCCCAUUGCCUUGUCGCUGUUCGGCCAGACCGACCUUAUAUCAGAACAGCUGACUUGGGAAAUGCGAGAUAUCGAGACCAAUGUGCGCGCCAAAGACAAGCAAGAGAUAUUCGAUAUCACUAUCAAGACCAUCAAACUGUCAGAGGAUAUCAUACGGGUUACCAAAGCCCAAGUCCCUGAUGCUGCAAGACAAGUCGAACGCAUCAAGGCAGCCAUAAAAUACACAGAGUCUCUCGCCGGGGCCGACCAGACACCUAUCAAAGAGAAAGUCGAGAGUGCCGGAAUAGAGUCCCACCCCGAGAACCUGGUAAUAAUUGAUACCGGAGGGCCUGACGACCUCAGCACCCAACAUAUGGCUAUUAACCUCAUCCUGUCCCGCUUGAAAAUGUUCGAGCGUUGGCAUGUACCGGAGCUGCGCCUUGGCUUUCUACAUGGUUAUCAGAAGUGCGACGGCUGCACCGAUACAGGGGAACGUUGCGACAGAACUGCCGACUGCGAGACGGGGUUGUACCACUGCACGUACUGCUCCCAGAAGGACUUCUGCGCAGACUGCCUUGCCCGCCUGCGCGACCCCACGUCGGACUUGAUCAAGGUCUGCGAUCCGAGGCACAGAUGGCUUCUCCUCCCGCCGCUGGCAGCAGAUGUCUACGUUGGGCCAGGGGCGAGCAGAGUGCGCGUUGCUAAGUGUGUUGAGGCGGUGAAUGGGGAUGAGCAGAUACUUCAGGCUCGGUUUGCUGAGGAUGGAUCCGGAGAGGAGAUCUCGGUAGAGGCAUGGAAGGAGAGUUUAGCGGCUGAGUGGGGACUCUCGAUAGAGGAGAUCAGGAACGAUUUGUCCAGACAGGCUACCCCUGAGGAGAACGAGGGAGAUGGAGAGGCAUAG